AUGGCUGCCGACCCGUUAUCCAGCUUGAUGGCCUCGCCAUUGGUGCAGCAGGAACGACCGGCUUUCCAACCGAAGAUUGUAUCGCUCUACCAGCAGCUCUUCAAGGAAGAGGAAGAUUUCCAUCCAAAAUCAGAAGGCUUCUGGACCGAAUUCUUCCUAUUGAAAUCGCAUCCAUCCGGUUUAAAGGCCAUCUUACAACCGCUCUCCGGCGACGAUCUGUUACAUCUACAGCCCCAGACACGACAACUGUUUACCCGAGCUGUGGCCGUGGUGAAGAAGAAGGAGGGUCCAGCUGAUGAGGCAGCUUUAGACACAAUAUCGAUAUUCCUGAGUCAGGUACUUUCAAAACGAUACACGAAUUUAUCAUCCGAUGUUAUUGCGAUACUUGCCGGGUUGGAUAAUAUCGAUGCGGUGUUUACGGACUUCGUUGGGGUUUUGGAUGUGAAUAUACGUAGCGGGAGGACGGCGGAAGUACGGUAUAAAUCGGUUCAUGUGGCGUUGAUGACGGCUUGUGGAGCGUUUAAUACGGGACUACUUUCGUAUUUUAUGCACAGGGAUCUAUUUCCGGCGUUGAUGAAGUUCAUCAAUGACCCAGUCACAGCGUCUAUGUCAUUCGAACCGUUCGUAUUGCUCGGAGUUUUGGCGAAUUAUAAUAAAUUCGAGAUACAAAAUUCAUACCAGUUAAGGCUUGCGGACUUUGUGAACGAGACAUCUAUAAGACAGAUAGUCUACACAAUCGGUGCAGCCUCAGCGCGAUGUCGAGAGGACUAUAUUGCGGUUCAAGAUGAUGCGCCUGAAGGAUGGAGCUUUGGGAGUGUAUUGUCCCUGAUGGGUCUAGGUGGAAUCCUAGCUGCGACUGGAUUGUCGAAAUCGCGACCGCCGUCGAGUAAUGGGCAGAAGGUCGAUCCGGAUGUUGAUGCUGUUAAGCAAUCCUUUGCACAACUACCCGGUCUGCGCGCGGCUAUCCUUCUAGGUACUUACGACUUCGUGAACACUAAUAAGCUCUUCGCUUUCACAUUCAUAUCCUCACGUCCAACGGCUUCCUCGGAAUCAUCGCAAAAGAUCGAACCUCCAUUCGCGGCUUACAUCUCGCUAACAUCAUACAUAACCCAUCACGCCCACCGUACGACCCGCAGCUCACUCUACGCCCGUCUGAACCUCUUGGUCCUUAGAGCGUUGGUUGAAGACAAUACAAUAUGCAAACGUCUGGCGCACGACGACCUUAAAUCCGAAGUUAGGCUAUGUAGACACCGACAACCUUAUUUGCCAACUACGAGGGGCGAUCGGCAUUUGAUACUUGCGAUUAUGGAUGUCGCGCUUGAUGGAGUCAAUCACAAUCUGAGAAAGAAGCUGGAUGUGGAGCUGUACUCGCUAUUGUUAGGGAUAUUGUUGAGGAUUAUCUCGUUUUUGUCGAAGACUCGGACACGAUUACCAUAUCAUUGGACGGAACUAUGGCGAUCGCUGGUGUCGUUAAUUCGAUUCUUCGCAUCUUAUGCUAGCGACUUGAAGGAUUUACCGGGUAUACCGCCAUUGCUAGAUACCCUCGUAAACACCAUUGCACUUUCAUUAUCUACAGGCGACGCAUUCCUCCCAUCAGCGACCGAAUAUGACGAUCUAUUCUACAAACUAGUUGAAACUGGAGAUGUCCUGGUUAAGUUCCGGGAACUGUACAAUCUUUCCGAAAGAAAAGAUAGUAAUAGCAUUGGAACUUUGGUUAGUGUUAGUGAACAUUACUAUCGUUUGAUCGAGGAGAAUAGAAAGAGUGGAACUGGGGGUAGGAAGUGGACGACGGCAGGGGUUAGCAGUGGGUUCUUGGGACCGGAACAAGUUGCGGAGGUUAUCAAGAAUGGAUAUGAGACGCUUGCCAUUGGUGGUUUAAAGGAAGGACUUGGGGAUUGGGAAAGAUAUAGGGAAGCUACAGAGAAAGUGUUUUUGAAGAAAGUCGGGAGAGUGGUGGUGGCCGAUGCGAGGGAGCUGGUUGAAGAGACGCUGCUUUGA